GGCCCAAUUUGUAUUUACUGUUUCAGUUUCUGUCUUUUAGUGCCAAGCCUACUCACAGCCAGGCCCCGGCGAAUUUGUUGCCGUCCCUUACCUCCGUCGAAUUAGCCGGCCAUGCUUCCAUAAACCUAUCCCAGCCACAGACCCCAAAAGGAUGGUCCAUGCUUUCUGUACUCCCCCCAUCCCCUCAUGCCUCACCCCACAAUCUGCAAUCGCAGUUGCCACUUCAGUCUUCUCCCGUCCCCUCACCUCUUUGGUUUCCUUCUCGAUGUGGCGAGCUGUACGUAUCUACUCCAACACGCCACCACCCAUUAUUUUUCUAGAUUUUCCCUUACUAUUUGAUGGGAUGGGAAUACUCUUACUCUCUCCACGAUCUUCAUUUUUUCAUGGAAGAAGAUUAUAUCCAAAAUGUCAGGGGAGAGCGAGCAAAAGCUUCGGUCGUAUUGUGAUGUUUGGGACGAGAGAAGCUGCAAAAUGAGGGACGACAGGCCGAGGAACAGCCAGCAACAACAAGAUUGUUCUUUUUACGCCAGCAACAGCCAAGGGUUACAACUCAAUAUCAAAUCUCAAUCCUCAUUCUGUAAGUGAAACCCACCUUUUCUUUUCUUGGCCUCUACGCUCUUUCCGGUUUCGAUUUGUCUGUUUUACCGACUUUAGUGUAAGAAAACAGGGGCUUGAAGAUGUUGACUGGAAAUACUGGCCUAAUAUGAAGACUAGAAACUGAUCUACAAAGACAAAGAAAGGGAUUACAACGCUUCCAUGGAUAUAAUAUGGGUAAAAGGCAGGUAAAAAAUGCUUCUACUUGAAGCCCCCAAUUAGCCAGCAGAAGCGCUACCUUGAGAUGAGAAAGAAUGGCAGGAUGGAGAAAGCUUGCAGGUCCAUUCCUGAGAUCAGCUUGAAAGUUGACCGCCUCGCCAUCAGGGUAUGUAUGCUUUUCUCUAUGAUCUUCUCCCAUAGUUUGUAGGUAAUUAGAUUGGCCAAUACCGAUUCGAGUGUCCAACUUGGUUGCUUUCUUAAAAGUUUUGACUCUUGAAUCAGUUAUAAGUAUAGGUGGGAAGGUAGCAGAGAAGGCAUUUUUUAGCUUGAACGAGUUGUUGAUGAAUUAGCUGCUGAAAUUCAAUGGGAUUAUUGGUGAUGGAGAUGUUAAAUGCAAAGGGCAUUCAAAGGCCGAUAAAAGAAUUUAUAGCAAGAACACAGUUCAGUUACUGCUUCCUUUUGCACAACGCUCAGUAACAGGUUACUAAGUUAGUCUUACAGAACUUUGUGAGUUUGAGGAACCAACUUUGGCUUCAGUUUUCUGUGUGUUGAAUCAGCAGGGGUGGCUCGGGCCACUUAGAUGGUGACUUUGUUUAACUGAAACAAACAAUAGAGUAAGGCAAGCACACUAAGGCUCAUAGAAUGUGAAUGGUAAAUGAAUCACUGUGUAGAUGGAGAAAAUCAAUAGAGAAGAAAAAAGAAAGCACCUUUCAACCCAUCUGUGAAGAAAAGAUUGACACCUUUGAAGCCAUUCUAGUUACGGAGCUCCUGAAACUAAUUUGACCAAUUCUAGCCUGCAAUUUCCACAUCAAUGUUAGAAUAUUUCAGAAACAAGCUGCAAUAAACAAAACACGGUUUUAGUUCAGAAGGCAGGUUUUCAUAACUCAGUCUAAGAGUACCCAAAAUCCUUCCCUCAUCAUCCCCAUCUAACAAUGCUUGUUUAUCUCUUAUAACAUCCCAAUUAACCAUGUUGCUCUUAGAUGAAAGGGUACCUGCAAUCACCCUUAUGGCCAAAGGAACUCCCACGCACCUUCUCAUGACCUCUUUCCCUAUGUAUACAAAUCGUUCACCACCUUCCACUUCACCCUUAAGGCUUAAAUGCUAUUUGUUCAAACAAAAACCAUGAUUUUUGAUCAGAUAAACCUUUUAGCUUGUAUGGUUUAAUCCCCUUCGUUGCGAAGUGAUUCGCGACAUCUACAAGACGAGUAGUGGCGAUAAUUUUGCUACAAAUUGCACCGACCUGCAACCAAAAACUCAUCAAGCUAUCCCAAUUGCCAUUGUAAUCACCAUGAUUCCAAACAUCAUCCAACACUAACAAGAACCUCUUAUUAUCCAUCUCCUUCUUAAGUUCCCCUCUCAAGAUGUCCAACUCAAGAUCUUCUACUUUACGUCGGGUUAUAGACUCCAACAUCUUCCUGACCAAUAGUACUUGAUCGAAAUUAUCCGAAACACAUAUCCAAUUUUCAACUGAAAACAAGUAGACAAAUUCUUAUCAUUGUAGAUAUACUGAGCCAAAGCAGUUUUCUCGAGACCCCCAUCCCAAGAAUAAGAAUAAUCUCAAUUUUCUGCUCAUCGUUGGCCGAUGAUAGCAUAUCAAUAAUGCUCUCGUGCUUGAUCGCAGUAGCAGCAGCCGGAUCUUGGAGGCGCGUUUCAAGAUUGAAUUUCCUCCGAUUCUCAUCAAUCUCAUCUAGCUUGGUCAUGAUGGCCUUCAAUCGAUGAGCCAUCAUAAGGCCACUAACCAGUUGGUUGGAGCCCGUAAAGAAGAGGCAUACCUCGUUCAGACAGCGAUUCCCAUCAUUCCUCCGCAGCUUCAACAGAGCCUCCGUGGAGAAAUCAACCAGCAAGUCAUCAGCAUCAUAAAGGACCUGUUUCAGUUCAUAGAGCUAGUCCCGAACCUGAUGGUUCAGACCCGAUUUCUCCUCAGCAUCCAACAGCACCGCGCGUAUGGAGGAAACUGUGCUUUAGCAGGAAGGGGAGCCAACUUCUUGAGGAUCGCUUCCGUAGCAGCAAAUGCCAUCUUUGGCAGAGACCUUUUGAAGAAAAAGGGGUCCAAAGGCAAAGGAAGGAAGAAAGCUUGUACGUGAUAGAGGUCUCACAAAUGAAUGUGCAGACUGCGAUAGUGAUCUCUACUUCGCCGGAUAUUCAUGGAAGCUGCAAUAAGUCUGGUGUGUAUGCAUUGACCACAUCCUGCAGUGAUAAAAAUAAAAGAAUGUUGGAGACCGCUUUUAUUUUGGUUCAAAGAAUAUGUUCAUCGAUAAGUGUACAUUGGAGACGGAAUGCCCAAGGGCAGUUCUUCCUCUUCUUCUUCACUGAAAAAUUCUUGUCCAGGCGCAAAAGGAAUACAACUCCAAAAUACAACAAAGGUUAUAAAGAAAGAGAUAAGAACAGAACUAGUCCGCACAGGAUGGAAGUUCAAGCUAGUAGAAAACAAGCAAGAUGCAACUAUUGCCAAGAAACAUGGAGUGAAAUU